AUGGCAUGCACCGGCGAUGUCUUUGAUGAAUCUUCCGAAGAAUUCACGAAAGCGGAUUAUCAAGAAAUAAGGUUUGCUGGUGGGGGUAGUCGGGGGGGUUGUAUUGGUGGCGUUGGUGGUGUUCCUGGUGGUGUAUGUGCUGGUGGUGGUGGCGGUGUAUCUGCUGGUGGUGGUGGUGUAAGUGUUGGUCGUGUAUCUGUUGGUGUUGGUGCUGCUGUAUCUGCUGUACGUGGUAAUGUAUGUGCUGUUGGUGUUGGUGCCGUAUCUGCUGUAAGUGGUAGUGUAUGUGCUCUUGGUGUUGGUACUGCUGUAUCUGCUGUAAGUGGUAGUGUAUCUGCUGUACGUGGUAGUGUAUCUGUUGGUGGUGCUGCUGUAUCUGCUGUAAGUGGUAGUGUAUGUGCUGUUGGUGUUGGUGCUGUAUCUGCUGUAAGUGGUCGUGUAUCUGCUGUAAGUGGUAGUGUAUGUGCUCUUGGUGUUGGUCGUGUUUCUUGUGGCGACUUGGUGUCUGUUGUGGGAGUUGCUGCUUGUCGAUGGGAAAGGCUCAAGAAGGACUGCAGGUAUGUUGCCUAA